GCUCAUGCUUUAUGUCUUUGUAGGUCCAUACCUGAUUUAAGCCCAAUGCCCAUGUUCGCAAGAGCUGCUCCGAGUCUCAGAGCUGGUCUGACUUCAUGCCACCAGCUGAGAGCUGGAUGCCGAUCGUAUGCCGAUGCAUCUGGACAGAGCUCUGGUGGGGCAAAGAUUCUGGGUCUGCCGAUAUGGCUACUUGCAGCGGUGGGAGUCGCGGGAGCUGUAGAGCUUUCCGGGAAUGGUGUCUUCCUGAAGGCGAAAAGCAAAGAAGCAGUUGAGGCCGUUAAGCAAGCUGCUGCUCCUGCUGCUCCUCGUGAAGCGGUAUUGAUCAAGGACCAAUGGAUCCCCUUCACACUUUCCAAAGUUGAACCGUACAACCACAACUCUAAAGUCUAUCAUUUUGAGUUCCCGCCGGAGGGCAAGGAUAAGACGACUGGCAUUCCGGUAGCCGGGGCCUUGUUGACCAAGGCGCCGGAUGAGGCCGGCAUCAACGACGACAAGGGCAAGCCAGUGAUCCGACCUUAUACUCCGAUAUCUUCGCCUGAUGAAACGGGAUCUGUCAAGCUGUUGAUCAAGGAGUACAAAGGCGGAAAACUCACACCAUUCAUCUCUACCUUGAAGCCCGGUGAAGGACAACUCAUGUUCAAGGGCCCCAUUGAGAAAUAUAAAUAUCAACCUAACACAUUCGACCGUGGUCUUUGCAUCGCUGGUGGAAGUGGAAUCACGCCUAUGUACCAAUUGAUCAAUCAUUCGUUAUCCAUCCCCGACGACAAGACCAAGUGGACCUUGAUCUUCUCAAACGUAACUGAAGCCGAUAUCUUACUGCGGAAAGAAUGGGAGAAUCUGGCAAAGCAACACAAGGACAGGUUGGAUAUCAAGUUCGUUCUCGACAAGGCUCCUCGAGGCUGGCAAGGUCCCACUGGCUUCAUCAACGCUCAGAUGAUUUCUCAACUUUUCCCUUACCACGACGGCCAGAACAAGGUGAUGGCCUUUGUCUGCGGACCGCCACCGCAAGUCAAAUCCAUCUCUGGUCCCAAGGAUGGACCCCGGCAGGGAGAGGUGCAGGGUGCUCUCAAGGAUUUGGGCUACACUUCCGACGAGGUGUUCAAAUUUUAGAUAUACUAUAGGGCAUGCAGGUUGAAGAGACAU